CCGUGCUCGCUGACCUCUGUUCUUCUCCAACAUUUCAAAUUCGGGAAAGCCUACACAGAAACUUCGGCUUUUAUUCUUCUCAUCUGUCCGAGUCCGUGGAGUAUUUCAGCAGACAUGUUGCAGCAGUUGGUGAUUAAAGAAGAAAUGCUCCCUGAACAGCAGGAGUUGAAUCUGAGUGUCGACCAGAAGGACGUUAAACAGGAACAAGAGGAAGUCUGGGCAAGUAACGAGGGACAGCAGCUUCACUGGCUGGAGACUGAGAAGACCAAGUUCCUUUUUGCCCGUGUCCCUGUGAAGACUGAAAAUGAUGAUGAAAUACCACAGUCAUCACAAGUUCUUCAAAACUCAGGUCAGAUCCUGAUGGAGAUAGAUGCCAAUCCAGGACCAGAGAAAAAGAGGCGGAGAACUGGGCCUCGCUGUGUGGUGUAUGGCUGUAGCAAUGAGGCUCAACAUGGGUACUUCAUGCACAAACUUCCAGGAAAGAAACCAAGUGGGCAGGAGCGAUACAAUCCACUGCAGAGAGCUUGGAUAUCCUUCAUAGGACGAAAAAGGCAGUUUGACACGAAGGUUGCCCGCACCUACAAGUCUGAUAUCGUGGUAUGUUGUGGACAUUUUCGUAAAGAGGACUAUGAUCGUACAGAUGCCAUGAUGUUCAAGGCUGGACUUCGUACACACCCUCCAUCACUGCUGAAAACUGCUGUACCGACCAUUGAUGUGGCUCAGCAUCCUUUCCACUCAGUUUUAUCCAGUUCAUCAGCCUCAACAUCGACGCUUUAUGCUUCUGUCCUUCCGUUAUCUCAAUAUCCUAUCUACCCAUCUGCCAGUUUCCCUCCUUCAACAAGCUCAUCUUCAACAGCCUCACCAUCAACUCUUCCUGGUCGUGCUGUUUCUUUAUUGUCCUACACAUCUGUUACCACCACUAUGACCUUCGUUUCUAGUUCAUCGACCAUUUCAGGCACAUGUACCACUUCAGUCCUACACACUCCAAAGACAUCAAACAGAGGAUCAAUCUACAUUAGAAAAAAGGAAAUGGCAGCAAUAUAUGCAGACUAUGACCGACAAGAAGAGAAAAAAAGAAUGAAGUUUGCCAAAGAAAUCGAAGCUGAACGAUUGAGAGACUUUGUGAAUAGAACUAAAGGAGUGCAGUGGAGGUCACAGAUGAGGGACCAGAAAGUUGGGACAGACAUACAUGUACCCAGACGCUCUGUCAAAGUUCAGACGAAGCCAAGAGGCAUUUCCAAAGGAAUACAAGCAAGUGUUAUCAAGAGACCCUGUACUGAUUCUGUAUUAGUGCAACAGGCAGAUGCUUCAACACAAACUGAAGAGUAGAGGACAGAAGAAGAAGAGGCGGAGUUGGAUUUUUGUGUUUCCGAAGAUGUUGAAGUGGACGAUGAAAAACAUGAUCCAACAUACCAAACAAACACAUCCACUGGAAUCUCUUCAGACAAAGAAUUAAUUAAAGUGUGAAUAUUUUUUUUCUUCUAAUUCUUCGAUCUUCAUAAUACAAAUUUAAUUUAUUUAUUUUUCAUUAUUGCACCAUAUAUAUAAUAAGGAAUUGAAAUGGGAAUUUCAUUUGAUAACAGAGAAAAUCAGAAAUAAAAAGGGGAUUCUUUGUUCCAUGUCGCGCUGUGAAGCCUGCCAAAAAUGUAUUAUCUCCACCUUAUACAGUAUUGUAUAG